AUGGGCGCACCGAUGCUCACCCAGCCAGGCAGCUGGUCCUGCCACAAGGUAUGGAAUGGCCACAAUUUUACUCACUGCUGUCAGUCAAGAUACCUCCAAACCUACCCCAUUUUCCUGGUUUUCGUAUCGAUCGUCUGGUUUGCUACCAAGUACGUCUCCAAAUGCUACUUCAAGUCCCCGCCUUCACCCUCUGUAUCUGCCCUCCGAUCCACUACGAUGUCUCCUGAGUUCUCUAUUCUCGAGUCUACAGUCAUCCUUGACUCACUAGCGUCCAACCUCCUUCCUCCUUACCUAGCGUCGGACCCUUCCUCAACGGAGGAGUCGCUCGAUGAGAAGAACGCCGAAGAUUUGGUCCGAGACUGGCGCUCCAGGAGAACACGAAGUGAAGACUUUUGGCAGAAUGUCAAGUUCUGGGUCGGGAUUGUCGGAGGAAUCUUGUGGUUUGAGGUCGAGAUCGCCAAAGCUGCUCGGCAAGGGACGUGGCUGGAACUGAUAUUCCCUGGGUGGAUCACUCUCAUGUCUGCUCUGCAUCGACCCAUCAUCCCUAUUCUCACCAUGCACCUUCCCGUCACACUAGACUGCUCCUUUUCCGCUCAACCGUCAUUCGACAAUCGGCUCCGCUCUCUCGGCAACUUAACCUGGUCAGUGCCCUUGUGA